GGUGCCUGCUACAGAGGCAACAUGGAGAGAGAGGGCAUGCUGGUCCAAUCCUAUUACUAUGGGAGGAUUGGAAGUGAGGCCACGGAGAGGCUCCUGGAGAGGUAUGGACAUGACGGCAGCUUUCUGCUGAGGGACAGUGACACCGUGCAGGGGGCCUACUGCUUGUGUGUGAGGAAAGCACCGUUUGUGCACACCUACAGGCUUGUGAACUCUACCGCUGGCUGGUCUCUUCAGGGUUCAGGAAUCAGACUGCAGAAUUUUAGGACGCUGGAAACACUGGUAGAGAGCUUCAGAAAUGGCACAGUGUCUGAUGUGGGUGUCGUCCCACUCACUGAUCCAGUGGACAAAACUGACUUUGUCUACGUAGAAAUGUGUUGAAAUCCAAGCCUUUACCUGCACACAAACUGUAGACACAUCAAGGACCUGUGUACUGUGUCAUUUUUCUACAUGGUGAUAUCUCACCACACACAUGGCAAGUUUUAAAUGCAUUGUCAAUUACCCGUUAAGUCAAAUUAGUGAGAUGUUUUUAAAAUGAAUGCCUUGCUGAGCGUAAGAAAACUGUUUUGGGAUGUUAAAUGUAAAAUAGAUGCUGUGAGAGCAAGGCACGAUCUGCUGCUGUUGCGGUUUCCUUUUUUUAAGAUCUAUGUCCUUCAUAUGUGGUGCGUCAUCGUGUGUGUGUGAUUGUGUAUUUGUGGGUGCCGGGUAUGGGUGUGUUUCGGUUGUCAAUACACGAUUUGGUUCCACCUGCCUGAAUUGCCUGAAUUUGAAGUUACUGGUUGUUUGUGUGUAUCAGGAUGUUUUGUGUCAUAAAAGAUAGAUAUUUCACACACCUGUGGUUAUUUAUAAUAUAAUGUGCUUUAUAUCUGCUUGGGGAAGUCACAAUAAUGUACAGUAGCAUAUAUCAUCUUUGUGGUUUCUCUGUACAUAUAUUUUUUCUUAUCUGAAGCCACAGCAGCACAAUGGCCCAACUGAGUGUGACAAUACAGGAAAUAUAGCAACACAUGAGUAGUGGAACAUACGAUCUAUUGUGAGUCACAAUGUGACUUUAUGUGUUUAUUUAUAUUUGCAACACAAGAGUGAUCUUUGUGUCAUUGGCAAUAACCAUAUUCAGUCAUUUCAGGUGUUUCAAAGAUUAAAAUGGAACUUUUUCUCACAUAUUGUUGAGUUUAAAAUGUAUCUAAUGCUGGUUUGA